GUCUAGUUUCCACGCUAUGAUGGAGACAUGUAUUUUGGUCUGCCUAAUCUGGCUCUUUAUCCAGUGCCAAGGCAACACUUAUUUUCACUAUCUGACUGAUGAGAACGCCUUAACUCUGUCUUGUGACACAUGCAAAUGGCAAGUGGACACUGACUUUGACCAAUCGGUGGACUGCAACCUGUCCAACAGUUCAGACGCCUGUGAACAAGGGUGCUACUCCAUGGGGGAAGAGCUCUGCAAACAGAUAGAGGAGCAUAAAUCGGAUCACUGCCAACUUACUGUCAGAAAGGGGUUCUUUGCCUGUGUCAGUGCCUUUGACACAAGAACGAUAGUUCCAUUUGAAACCCCUCCUCACCAUGUAGACUCUUUCCUUGUUGUGCCAGAGAUGUUCUCAAAACAAAUGACUAACAUCACUGCACGAGUGUCAGAAGGAGAGUCAGUCACUCUGACAUGUGAUGUCAUGGAAACAAAUCUGUUCUUAUUUGAGCGACACACUCUGCUUUGGAUCCGAUCCAGCGUGGACAAGAGCAGCUCUUGUGCUUCCUCCACCCAGCUGCAGAGGCCUGGAACUCAUAACCUGACUAUCGCCAGUGCUUCUCAGGCUGACAGUGGGCAGUAUCUGUGUGUCGUGCAAACAGAAAAGAUCCGUGUGUGGAGAAUAAUAUCCAACAUCACAGUCACUGUAGACAAAUCAGCUGAAGUGGAUACAUAUCUCUUCCACGUGUGUGUUGUCGGGGCCCUGAUAGUGAUGGGUGUCGCUGCUAUUGUGGUGGUUGAGUUUCGGAGAAAGAUGACCUCUGAAUUGGAAGUAACCAGAAGUUGAUGGUCAGAGAGAGGAGGAGCAUCGACUGAAACAGGGGUGGAGACAGUUAGGAUGUGGGGCUUACCACAUCCCAUCAGCAUGGGGACAUGACAACAUCUGCAAAAAGAAAAGAAGCCUGAGGAAGACCCAGACGGGUUGAAACGUCGCUGGUUUUAAUAAAAAAUGUGUGAGCUGAACUCCAAUGUGCGGACAUUCCCUCCUUUUUGUUUUACGCUCAUACUUUGUCCUGCACCUGACCUAAAGAAAGGUGGGAUGUGCACACAAGCACUUUACCAAACUUCUAUGUUUUUGAAUUGUCCAUGCAAAUUGUCUGGAAAAUCCCAACAGCGAAAUGGGGAAAUUAAGAUUUUCUUUUUUUCAAUAUAGGCUGGGCUAAUUAAUCAACAGCCAAAACAAACCAUAUAGCCUAGGCCUAUGCUGUAUUCAGAAGGUGAUGAUAAUGUUUCAUGUGUUUUAGGCUACAUCUUUAAAUUAAAGAAAUCAUUGGUGGUCAAUAGUAACAGAAAUAAAAUGUUGUUCAGCUUGAUAUCUGUAAAAGUGAACAUGUGAAAUGCAACAGAUUAUUUGCUUUUGAGAAAAAUGCUUACAGCUUCAGAUGAUUUUGAAAUGGCUAAUCCCAUGGGGUACAAAAAAAAGGAUGCACAGGCAUGGUUGCAUGUAUUUUAUUUAUUGAGAAAUCUUCCUACUACUAAUUUAACUCUGUAUUGAUGAACAUUCAACUUCCUUUGAUUUUA